AUGGACGAUUUAUAUCCCCUUGCAUUAUUGAUGGACGAAUUGAAACACGAUGAUGUUUCCAAUAGAGUCGAAGCCAUGCAAAAACUAGACACUAUUGCCAUAGCAUUGGGUCCCGAAAGAACUCGUAAAGAAUUGUUGCCAUUUUUACACGAUGUUGCUCAAGACGAUGAAGAAGAAGUGUUUACAGUAUUGGGAGCCAAAUUGGGCGAAUUUAUACCUUUAAUUGGUGGUCAUGAAUAUUGUGAACCAUUAAUUGAAAUAUUAACCAUAUUGGCAUCAAUGGAAGAACCACUUGUUAGAGAUAAAGCUAUCGAGUCGUUGAAUCAAAUUAGUCAAGAAUUGAAUCAAGAUGAGAUAAAUAAUGUAUUUUUGGGGUUAAUUACUGGGUUAAGUCAAGGUAAUUGGUUUCUGAAAAAGAUUGCCUCGUGCGGAUUAUACAAGGCGGUGAUUAUUCGUGUUGAUGCAAAUACCAGAAAGGAAUUGUUGCGUACAUAUUUGAAAUUGGUCACUGAUGAUUAUCCCAUGGUUCGAAGAGCAGCAGCGACGAAUUUACCUCAUUUGAUUGACUUGCUAACUAAAUUCACCGAGGAGUCACCCAAUGAUGUCAACAAGGUUAACAAUGAAGAUUGGGAAAUCAUAUCCAAGAUGUUUCAACAUUUGAUUAAUGAUGAUCAAGAUUCUGUCAAAUUCCUUAGUGUUGAUGUCUUGAUUGCUAUUUUGGAAUUUUUCCAAAAGAUUCAUGAGUAUAGUUUUAAUUCCGAUUUCUUGUCCAGUGCAUUAAAAUUGAUUAAAGAUGAUAGUUGGAGGGUUCGGUAUACUGCUGCUGAUAGAUUUAGCAAAAUUGCCAUCAAUUUCACUCACAAUGAACUGGAUUUAUUUCAAUUGAUUGAUCCUUUUAUUUCAUUAAUGAAGGAUCAUGAGGGGGAAGUGAGAAAAGCCAUUGCUAAACAAUUGCCUGGGUUUUGUAAAUUGCUUACUGAAUAUCCACCUACUAAAGCCACCAUCUUGAACAAGAUUGUCCCCGUUGUUAAUGAAUUGAGUCAAGAUCCCCAAGAAAAUGUUCGUGCUUCAUUAGCUUCCACCAUUACUGAGUUAUCCCCCAUUUUAACCAGACAACCAACAAUUGAUAAAUUAUUACCAAUUUUCUUGACAAUGUUGAAAGAUGAGUUCCCCGAUGUUCGAUUAAACAUCAUUUCCAACUUAUCGGUGGUUAAUGAAACGAUUGGAAUUAACCUCUUGUCAACAAAUUUACUUCCCGCCAUUACUGAAUUGGCACAGGAUCAUAAAUGGAGAGUAAGAUUGGCGAUUAUUGAAUAUAUCCCAAAAUUGGCUGAUCAAUUGGGUCAAUCUUUUUUCAACAAUGAAUUGUUGUCGUUGUGCAUGUCAUGGUUAUGGGAUCCGGUAUUUGCCAUUAGAGAAGCAGCAGUAGAGAAUUUGAAGAAUUUAACCGUAAUAUUUGGAUCGCAAUGGGCUACUGAAGAGAUUCUUUCUCGGUUAUUGAAUAAAAGAAAUUCCAAGAUGGAUGAAGAUGGUUCUGGAGUUGGAAACGGCAAUAAUACUGGUGAUGAAAACGAUGAUGACGAUGAUGAUGAUAACAAGAUUGACUAUUCAAAUUUCAUUAUUCGAAUCACCUGUUUAUUUGCUAUAACUUCAUUAAUCCCAGUUAUCAACUACUCAGUCCUUGUUGAUAAAGUUUUGCCAUUUAUAAAUGGAUUAAUCACUGAUUCCGUGCCCAAUAUCAGAUUCAACGUUGCCAAGUCGUACUUAACAUUGGUUCAAUCAUUAAUUCAACAAAGAAAUCAAGCUCCCAAUGAAGAUGAAUUAAAGAAGUUGAUCAAUUUGCAAGUAUUAUCCAACUUGGAGAAAUUGGAAAGUGAUGAAGAUGUCGAUGUCAGAUUUUAUUCGACUCAAAGCAUCAAGGGAAUCAAUGAAAUACUAGCUCAAUAG